UAACCUCUUUCCUCUCUCUAAUUUCUCCUGCGCUGAUUCUCUCGCUCGCGCUUGCGAUUCGUCCGCUCUGGCCUCUCCCUCUGCCCUCGAACGGCGCGAAGCUAAGAUUGGGGCUCGCAUAAUUCGCCGCAGGGCGCCGAGGUCGGCCCUCUCGGGUUCCGGCGUUCGAAUCGACUUACCGGACUCGGGGCGCGCGCGAUCGAAACCCUAGCGGCGCCCCCGCCCCCGCCGGCGGCUAGGAGCGAGGCGCCGGUUCACAGCUUGGAGGUGAUGGCGGCUGAGUUGGGGCAGCAGACUGUGGAGUUGUCCACCCUCGUGCGGAGGGCCACGGAUGCCUCCUACCUCGCGCUCAAGGAGCUGGUGGACCGGUACCGGCAGGUAGAGGACCAGCGAUCCGACUCCGUCAAGAAGAUCGACAUUCUCAAGUUCAUCGUGAAGACGCAGCAGCGUAUGCUGCGAAUCCACGUGCUCGCCAAGUGGUGCCAGCAGGCGCCCUUAAUCCAAUAUUGCCAGCAACUUGCAGGAACUCUUUCCAGCCAUGAUACUUGUUUCACCCAAACAGCAGAUUCUUUGUUUUAUAUGCAUGAUGGGCUGCAACAUGCUCGUGCUCCUGUAUUUGAUGUUCCAUCUGCUAUCGAGGUCCUCCUCACUGGGAGUUAUCAAAAGCUACCAAAAUGCAUAGAAGAUUUGAAUAUUCAGAGUACACUUUCUGAAGAUGAGCAAAAGCCUACUUUAAAGAAAUUGGAUGCAAUCCUCCGAUCCAAACUUUUGGAGGUUGUUCUUCCAAAAGAAAUAACUGAAGUAACUGUUUCUAAUGGUACUGCUGUUCUCCAUGUGGAUGGUGAGUUUAAGGUUUACUUGACCUUGGGUUAUCGUGGUCAUCUAUCAUUAUGGAGGAUACUACACUUAGAGUUGCUUGUUGGGGAGAAAAAUGGAUUUGUUAAGCUUGAAGAAUCACGGAGAUAUGCUCUUGGAGAUGAUCUUGAGCGCAGAAUGGCUGUUGCUGAAAAUCCUUUCUCAAUUUUAUACACGGUUCUGCAUGAACUAUGUGUUGCCCUUGUUAUGGACACUGUGGUCAGACAAGUUCAGGUACUACGUCAAGGUAGGUGGAAGGAUGCUGUACGCUUUGAACUUAUUUCAGAUGGUAGUUCAGGACAAGGAGGGACUAGUGGUACUUCACAACUAAUUCAAGAUGGUGAACUUGAUUCAACUAGCCUAAAAACUCCUGGCAUGAAGAUUAUUUAUUGGUUAGAAGCUGAUAAAGGUUCUGGUGGUUCUGAUUUUGGUUCAUCUCCCUUUCUCAAAAUUGAACCAUGGCAAGAUACACAAAUUAAGUGUCUACAUAGUUCGUUUGUAUUGGAUCCCUGUAGUGAGAAAGAAGCUACCUUUUCUCUUGAUCAAAGUUGCAUUGAUGUAGAGAAACUUCUUCUGAGAGCUAUUGCAUGCAAUAGGCACACACGUCUACUUGAAAUCCAAAGGGAGUUGAAUAAAAGUAUCAACAUUUGUCGAGCUUCGGGUGAUGUUGUGCUAAAGCAAGAUGGAAAUAUGGAUUCAGAUUUGACAAAGCGGGAAAGCUUUAGUAUUGAGGACUCUUGUGGGGAUGAAGUACUGAAAGUGCGAGCCUGUGGGAUGUCAUUUAUUACGCUUGGAAUAAAUAUCAGGAGUGGCAGGUUCCUUCUUCAUGCUUCCAAGAAUGUACUUUCACCAUCUACACUUGUUGAUUUUGAAGUGGCUUUAAACCAAGGAAGCCUUAGUGCAACGGAGGUAUUCACAAGUAUAAAAAGAAAAAGUAUUCUCAAUUUGUUUGCAUCAACUGGGAGAUUUUUGGGCCUACAGGUUUAUGAUCAGUCAUUGACAACUUUAAAGAUCCCCAAAUCUAUAUUGGAUGGAUCAGAUUCUCUUUUAAUGGGGUUUCCUCAGUGUGCAAAUUCUUAUUAUUUGUUGAUGCAAGUUGACAAGGAUUUUAAACCUAUUUUUAUCUUACUGGAAUCUAGAUCUGAUUCAGAUGGAAAUUCCAAUUCAUCCAAUGAUUCCAAUAAAGUAAUACGUAGUAACAGAAUUGAUAUUGCUCAAAUGCAAAUUGUUGAUGACGAACUGAAUAUCAGCCUUUUUGACUGGGAGAAGCUUCAUUCUUUAUCGAAUAUUGUCACCUUUAAUCAGGCUGGAGAACAUCAUUUUAGAGCCGAAGCCACUCUCCAGCUUCCUGGAUUUGUGCAAUCCAGCUUUUCAUCUGUUGUUGACGAAGUGUUUGAGUUUGACAAAGUCCCUUUGCCCUCAACAAAUCCGCUGGCCUUGUCUCAUAACAUGCCUUCUUUAUCUAAUAUAGGAAAUGCAAAUAGUUAUCAUGGCAUAAGUGCUAAAGUUACACCACCUAAUUUGGAAGGAGAGUUACAACAAUCUCAAGUUCAUAAACUUGCAAAAGUUCCUGGUUCGUUUAAUUUGCUUCAUGUGGCACACAACAUAAAAGGCUUAGUUACGAAUGAUAUUACGAGUUCCUUUUCCUCUUCAAGCACGGUUAGGUUCCCUUCCAUUCAUAAAUUGUCAACCUUCAGGUCUGAUCAAGACAUACAUUCUAAGUCUCCAUAUUUUUCUGAUGCUGGUCAGUACCUAUCUGUAGAUGAACCACCAAAAGAGUUCAGUAUGCUUGAAGGGAACGGGCCAGGUCAACCAAUUCCUUCUACUCGCACAACUGGCUUGCCACUCUCUACCCACAGUACAACUCCAAAUAUUUUAAAAAGCUCAUCAACUGGCAACUUGCUUGGUUCUUCAAAAGUUACUAGAGCUAACUCAAUGAAUUGGACUGAUUCUUAUCCAACACCAGAAUCUGGAGCAUAUACCUCAGACUACAAUGAUGCCCACAAACAUGAGAAAAAGGGAAGAAAGCGCUCCCGCUCCCUGCUGGAUUUUAUUAAGUCAUGUCCAUCUUUUCAUGGAACAGAAGCAAGUUGUUUGCAGGAUAAAAGGAGGAAAAUAUCAGAACUAUCUGAUGCUCGUAAGCCAUCCUCUGCUUUAGUUUCUUCACCAUUAUCUUGCAGAAAGAGUGGACAUAUAUAUGGGGAUCUUCUUUCUGAAGCAAUCAAUGGCGUUUCUCCUUCAAAUCUGUAUGUUUCUGUCCUCCUACAUGUUGUCAGGCACUGCUCUCUAUGUAUUAAGCAUGCUCAGCUAACUAGCCAAAUGGCUUCACUUGAUAUUUCUUAUGUCGAAGAAGUAGGCUUAAGAAUUCCAUCAUCGACCUUGUGGUUAAAGUUGCCAUUUGCCAGGGAUGAUUCUUGGCAGCACAUAUGCUUGCGCCUUGGAAAACCUGGAACCAUGUGCUGGGAUGUGAAAAUCAAUGAUUCUUAUUUCAGGGAAUUAUGGGAACUUCAUAAAGGGAAUGCUACUACUUCAUGGGGUUCUGGUGUACGCAUCGCCAAUACAUCUGAGAUUGAUUCUCACAUUCACUAUGACGCAGAUGGCGUUGUGUUGAGUUAUAAGAGUGUUGAAGAUGAUAGCAUCCAGAGGCUCAUGUUAGAUUUGCGUCGGCUUUCAAAUGCUCGAUUAUUUGCUCGUGGGAUGCGGAAACUCAUUGGUUUGGGAACUGAUGAUAGGUCAGAUGACAACACAGUUCCUGAUUCAAAGACACACACUAAAGGUACCAGUGAAGCAAUAGAUAAGUUAUCUGAACAGAUGAGGAAAACCUUCAAAAUCGAAGCAGUUGGUUUGAUGAGUCUAUGGUUUAGCUACGGUUCAAUGCCUGUUAUAGUCCACUUUGUUGUCGAGUGGGAAGCUUGUAAGGAAGGUUGUACAAUGCAUGUUUCCCCUGACCAGCUCUGGCCACAUACUAAGUUUCUGGAAGAUUUCAUAAACGGAGGUGAAGUUGCAUCAUUUUUGGACUGUAUUCGUCUUACUGCUGGUCCUUUACUUGCUCUUUGUGGUGCGAUACGUCCUGCUCGUAUUCCUGUGGUUACAGCUGCCCACUCCCUUGCACAGAAGCAGGGCAAUUUUGUCUCACCUCAUGGUUCGAUAGCAAACUCUUCAAUCCAACAUUCAUCUGGUUCUCCUGCAACCACUACACUAAUGGCCCAGCUUAGUAGUCACAGCCUCCAAACUGCUGCAGUUUUAUCUGCUGCUGGUAGAGGAGGGCCAGGACUUGUUCCUAGUUCUCUAUUGCCUUUUGAUGUCUCAGUUGUAUUGAGAGGUCCGUAUUGGAUUCGGAUAAUAUACCGGAAGAAGUUUGCUGUGGAUAUGCGUUGCUUUGCUGGCGAUCAAGUUUGGCUACAACCAGCAACACCUCCUAAAGGAGGGCCUGCAGCUGGUGGAUCAUUGCCAUGUCCACAGUUUCGACCAUUCAUUAUGGAACAUGUUGCUCAAGGCUUGAAUGCUUUAGAGCCCAAUUUUUCGGGUGCAUCACAAAGUGGUAUGCAAUUGGGUCCAAGCAAUCCGAAUGUGAAUUCAGUCUCACAGCAGUUGGCACCUAAUGCCAACCGUGCAAGUGUUCCAACUGGAGCUGGAAUUUCAAGACCAAGCUCUGCUCUUGGAAAUCAAGUAGGUGCUAGCAUUAGUCGAGUUGGUAGUGCCAUGCUAGCCUCUUCAGGCUUGGCUCCUGGUAUAUCCACGGUACGAAUAUCUCCAGGUACCGGUUUCCCAGUUCAUGUAAAGGGAGAGCUUAACACAGCUUUUAUUGGACUCGGAGAUGAUGGAGGUUAUGGUGGUGGUUGGGUCCCUCUUGCGGCUUUGAAGAAGGUGCUGCGUGGCAUCCUCAAAUAUCUUGGUGUCUUGUGGUUGUUUGCACAGUUGCCUGAUCUCUUAAAAGAAAUUCUAGGUUCAAUUUUAAAGGAAAAUGAGGGGGCUCUUCUGAAUUUAGAUCAAGAGCAACCUGCGUUGCGCUUUUUUGUCGGAGGCUACGUCUUUGCUGUCAGUGUGCACAGAGUUCAACUUCUUCUGCAAGUCCUGAGCGUGAAACGAUUUCACCAACAGCAGCAGCAGCAAAAUCAAAGUAAUGCUCAGGAAGAAUUGGCUCAAGGAGAGAUCAACGAGAUAUGUGACUACUUUAGCAGGCGGGUUGCAUCUGAGCCCUAUGAUGCUUCUAGAGUCGCUUCAUUCAUCACACUUCUUACGUUGCCUGUUUCGGUUCUUAAAGAAUUCCUGAAGCUAAUUUCUUGGAAGAAAGGGUUAUCACAGGCCCAUGGUGGAGACAUAGCUACUGCCCAGAGGUCUCGUAUCGAGUUAUGCUUGGAGAAUCAUUCUGGCUCUGUUUCAGAUGAAAAUGUGGAGUCCUCUUCUUGUGCAAAAAGUAACAUACAUCAUGAUCGCGCCCAUAAUCUGGUAGACUUUGCUCUUACCUUUGUACUUGACCUGGCUAAUAUACCUCACAUGAAUGCUGCGGGUGGAGCUGCUUGGCUGCCUUACUGUGUGUCAGUCAAACUGCGAUACUCAUUUGGGGAGAAUGCCCAUGUUUCCUUUCGCGGAAUGGAAGGAAGCCACGGAGGUAGAGCAUGCUGGUUAAGGCUCGAGGAUUGGGAAAAUUGCCAGAAUAGAAUGGCCAAAACAGCAGAAUAUGCAAAUGGUAAUCCUGCAGGGGACAUCAGCCAAGGGAGGUUGAGGCUGGUUGCUGAUGCACUACAGAGGACAUUGCAGGGUCUAUUACAGCAACUCAAAGAUGGUGUGAUUUCUUCAAGUUCGAAUGGAACUUAAGAGCAUAAAUCUCAAAGCGUACUAGAUGUUUCAGGUGCGUGAAUUGUGCAAGAGAAGCUAAAACCUAAUUGCCAUCUCAGUCGCAUCUUUAAGGCAUGAAGAUGAUGAUAAUCUAUCCUCUACACCACAAAUCAAAUGUCGGAUAAUGGUCUGCAAGUUUCAAGAUGAGCUCCUUCCUACUUUGUAUGGAUAUGCUAUGAACAAUUAGUGGGUGUAUACUUCAUUGGUAGGUUAGACAGGUAGUUGAGGGUUCCACCGAUCAUGGCUCCAUGAUCAAUCAAGAAUCUAGGUUUGCAUAAGCAUCAUCUCUGAAAAAAAAAAUAUCUGAUGGGAGUUCCCUUUUCUCAUAUAGUCCUCGCCUAAUUGUAGGACCUACUGAAGUUUCAUAGGAAUCUAGCAGCUUGUAUCAUGUGAAAAUCUGAAGGGAAAUAAUAUAAAUUGGUGACUCAUUAA